UACCGUUAACGUUGUCCUUCCUACGGGUUGAUGCUUAUUCCUAGCGCUUCUUUAGAAUUGAUUGUUACAGUAGGUACACGCCCUUGUGUCCUGAGUAGUGCUUACAAAAGUAGGCAAAGAUGCCAAGCGUAGACGUUAUACAACCAGCAAAUCCGCCGCCAGAAGAAGAGGAGGAGGAGCCCGAGGAGCUUUCAUGGAAUCUCGGAUUUGUGGAGGAGCCGGAGAAGCCGCACCUGCUGCUGCGCCACCGCUUCCCCAGCAAAGUCGGAGGCAGGCCGGCCUGGCUGGACCCGGUUCACCUGCCCCCCCGGGAGAUGCUCACAUGCGGGGCUAGCGGCCGACCGCUGGACUUCCUGCUGCAGGUGUACGCCCCGGUUGACGCCAACCCGGUGGACGCCUUCCACCGCACCCUCUUCCUGUUCAUCAGCCCGGAGGGCAGCCGUCUGACCCAGCCGGGUGCCGUGCGGCUGCUGCGCUGCCAGCUGCCGCGCAACAACCCCUUCUACCCGCCCGAGCCGGCAAGGGAGCGGGACAAGUACCCGCCGCUGCUGAAGCCUUCAGAGCUGGAGGCCAGUCGCGAGCGCGACCCCUUCUGGCGCUCUGUGGAUGCUGAGCGGCCAGCCGCCUCCCCCUCCCCCGCCUCAGCGGGGCCCUCCGCCUCCUCACCCGCGUCUAAACGGAAAGGCGGCCGAGGCGGAGCGGCGGCAGCCGCUGCUGCUGCGGCAAGAGCAGCAGCAGCAGCAGCAGACACGGCCUCAGCAGCAGGGGGGCUGCAGGGUGGUGCGACGUCCUCAGCAUCAGCAGCAGGGGGCCCAGGGGCUGCUGCUGCUGCUGCUGCUGCGCCUCUGCCGCGAGUGGGGGUGCGGGGCCCGGGGGGGUUGUACCCCGAAUACGAGUUGGUGGUGGAGGCGGAGGCGGAGUUUGAGGAGGAGGAGGAG